UUCAUUUCCGGUGAGAUGUCGGUCUCGCUUUCUGCGACGUAGCAGGACUAUGCGCGAGACACCUUCAUCUCGUCAAGGUGGCUGAACAGACUCAAAGAGAUGAUGCCCUUCAAAUUCCGUGAAUCUAAAAUGCCAUGGACCCUGAUACUUCUGUUGUGCUGGAGCUAUGUUUUGAAAGCUACACACACAUCCAUUAUCAUCCAGACGCCAGGGAGGGUGAUGGUGAAGGCUGGUGAUACAGUGACCUUGAAAUGCUAUUUGGUUGAGCUUAUCACCUACUGCUACUCUGUGAUUUGGAUGAAAGUAGACCCCAGGAAUGGAACACUGACUAAGAUUGCAAACUUAAAGAUUGAUAACAACUCUGAGGAGGGAGAAGGGGAACAGGACAAACUAUGUUCUGCUACAAUCGCCAACGCAACAGUGAGCGACUCAGGAAUGUACUAUUGCUCAGCUGUUCAAUCCGAAAUGACCCACACGGGCAACGGUUCUAGAGUUGUUGUGACAGAGAGAGAGAGAACACAGAACAUCACUGAAUCGCCCGCCAUCAAACUCCUCUCUCCAUCGGACGGUGACGGGUCUGUUGUGUUGACGACUCUAUACUACACAGCAGAGUCCUUCAUCCCUCUGCUGUGUUUGGUGUUGAAAGUGGUCCCAUCUCAGGUCCAUGUGUUCUGGCUCAUAGACGGGAGAGAGGACAGUGGACUAACUUCGUCCACUUGGACAGACAACAGUGAUUCAGCCACAGAGUUCACUAUGAACCAGAUUCUAGUCCAGGCAGAGGAGUGGGACAGAGGGGUGCAGUGUACGUGUGUGGUGGAGUUUGAGGGAAAUUCUAUCAACAAAACCCUGAUAAAGCCCAAUGAUUUCACUGGCGUGUGCACAAUGGUGCUGUAUUGGAUAUCUGCAGCUGCUCUCCUCACCAUUAUAGUGGCUGUCACUGUCGCUGUGUGUCGGCACCGUGGACAUCCCGAUGAGGAUACAAGACAAAGAGGCACAGGCACAGAGAGCAGGCAGCAUCAAUCUGGGAGACUCGGAGAAGCUAGAAAGGCAGUUCGAUCAUCCGUCUCGGGGGGAUACCCUAUUAGGGUGUGGUUCCUGGCUGUAGUGUUAUGAUCCGAACAUACUGCUCUGAAAACUUCUCAUGUCUCAUACUGCCGUAUUACUUGGUAAGUAUAGUGUAAUUACAGUACUUAUUGGCGAUAUACCUUGUGGUUUGUGUAAAAUACAGAUUGGCAUUUUUAUAUGGAUUACAUUUGUUAACAAACUCCAAUGAAUUGAGGCUAAACCUACUCUCACCUCUAGAAGGAUUGUUUUAGAUUAUUACUCAGUUAUCUUCAUUGUGAAUGUAUUGAUUGAGAUUGACUGACUAUCCUUUCUAUGGUGUGAAUAGUCACAAAUGAGACCCUGGUUUACAUUUGCAGUAUUGCUGCCCCAAUUCAGUCCACAUGAAGUGUUAACGCAUUUCUGUAUUUAAAGCAACAGCAACAGCUAUACCUAUGUCUGAUUCCUUGAGAAACAAAUGUUCCUAUAAUGAACUCCCUGGUGUUGAUUGUUCCACAGGAGGUCCAGUAUGCGACUUUGGACCACAUCCAGUUUGGGAGACGCCCAAAUACAAUUAUCCAAUAAUAUUUUGAAGAAGAAAUUGCAUAAGAGUUUCCAGAUUAUUAUGUAUCUAUUUGUGUAUAAACCAAGAGCCAAGUGUCCCCAAUUGCUAAGUGCCCAGAGCGACACAGAGCUCUUUUUUAAUAUUGUAAUUCAACUGUGGGAAAUCCUCCUAAUAGUCAUUAAACUGUCCCAGUCCUAAAAUGUUUUCAAAGGUCAGGUUAGAGCCCUUCCGUGGGAAAACGUGUACAAGCCUACAUAGGAAAAUGACUGAAAUAGUCUUGAAUUUUGUAUUGAUGAUAUAUUUAUUGUGGUGUAGGCUAAUUGGCUGCUUAUAGGCUCAUGUGUUUUCCUGUGUAUUUUUAUUUAUUUUGUACCUUUAUUUAACGAGGCAAGUCAGUUAAUAAGGACAAAGUCUUAUUUUCAAUGACGGCCUAGGAACAGUGGGUUGUUCAGGGGCAGAACGACAGAAUUUGACCUUGUCCUGGUUUUGUCCUACACAGAGGACCACAUUGGAAAUAAGUGUUCUUAGCUAUCCUGUCUCACCCUCAGGGAUUAAUUGUAAAUUAAUAUCUUGUUUUUUUCUUUGUUUUAAUUUUUAUUACCUCUUUCAUUACCUCUUAUCUAAUUUACAAUUUUCCUGGAACUAUUGCUGCCAACACUGCCUAUGUAUUUGAACACAUGUUUAAAAAUGUUGCUUGAAUGCUAAAAAAAAUACAUUCAAAUUCUCAAUCUGAAA